AUGUCUGCGCUACAGUCAUGCCAGUUCAAAACAGACCAUGACCUCUUCAGAGCUCUGAAGCAGCGUUACGUACAGUCCAAAGAGCGAUGCCAGGGGCUAAUGUCCUUCAAGAAACCAACCGCCCUGCGUUUUGUGAAGGCAAGCUCUCCUUUGCGAUUUUCAAAGCGCCAUGUAGCCUUGGCUGAUAUCAUUUACCAGUUCCGCUUGUACCAUCAUCGACUGGUAGACAUUCAGGAGAUCAACGACAUACCACCCGCCGCUCAAAACUGCGAGUACGACUACUCUCCUAUGCCAGCUGAUAACGUCCCUCCAAUCGGUCCGAAUCUGUUGAUGCACUUCUUCCUGCAUCCGGAUGAGAGCCCCUCAUUCCCGGUUCUACUUCCAAGCAUACCAAAACGCAAGAAUAACAGACUCGAGCCCUGCCCAGUGCGCGGUAGUAAUAUCGGCUGGGGGCUUGACGUCGUUACCGGUGUUGACGAGCUAAAGCUCUUCGGCCUAGCCCUGCUUGGUACUUUGGCAAGCAUCAUCUUCGGGCUUGUUUGGUCAGUGAUGAAACACGACAUACAGGGCGCAUUCGCUGUCGCGGGUUUCUUUUUCGUAAUCUUCACGUUCACCAUCGCGAGUGUCAAAGCGCUGGACUUCUAG